AUGACGAUUUUACAAUUCAGAAGUUUACCUGGGCACGUGUCCCGAGAAGUGGUUGUGAUUAUGUCCAGUCUAUCUACGGUGGAUCCUGGAAAUGUGUUCUCCACGUUCGAGGUUCUCAGAGGGCAUAAUAUUCGGUGUUCUGUGAUCGGAAUAAGCGCGGAACUGUUCGUGUGCAAACAGUUGGCAAAGAUAACAAAUGGUAGAUAUGAUGUGGUCCUGGACCAAGACCACUUCGAGCUACUUCUCUCACAACACACUGCUCCUCCUCCAUCAACAAAAGCAGCUGAAUGUAACGCAAUUCGAGUAGCGUUUCCUCCUCACACAAACAUUCGAGAACGCUCUUUCUGUGUAUGCCAUCCAAUGUCGGCGCCUCUGUCGACAUCCCGUGGAUUCCUUUGCGAGCAGUGUGGAGCUCGACAUUGUUCGCUACCAGCUGAGUGCCGCGUCUGUCGGAUGACGCUCGUUGCUGCCCCUCAGUUGGCGCGAGCAUUUCGUCACUUGGUCCCUCUUCCUGCUUUCACUCCUGUUUCAGUAACUGAAGGUGAAUGCAUGGCAUGUGAAGAACCGCUAGCAGGAGAGGGUUUCACCUGCAAAUUGUGUGGAGCAAUAUUCUGCUUCGAUUGCGACAUACUCCUCCAUGAAAGCCUCCAUGUUUGCCCAAACUGUGUAUGA